CCUACAGUGGCCAGCAGUGCUCCGCCGCGCAGGGAAGACUCCCUCUCCUUUCAGCUGGCUGGUACCUUCCUGGGAAAUGUCAUACACGGUGUAUCCUUUUCCUGCAGUACAACAGGGCCACUAGUGGACGGGAGAGUCGUAACCAGGACAACUGUGCCCCCUCCCCCACUGUCGCCUGCUCCCAUCCAGCCCACCAUGGAGGGUGUAGCUGUAGACAACCUAAUAGACUUCGACCUUCCCACCUCUUCAGAGGACUCGGCACCCCCUUCGGAUACUCCCCCCAGCGCGGUGCUUCUACACAGGGACAUUUUUUCAAGCGAGCCCCUGGUCCCAGAUCCGGCCUCCUCUGCCCAGCCAGACACCCUGCUCCCUGAGCCCAUGGCUCCCACUGCUCUAGUGGGGGCCCCGGACACACAGCAGCACGCGGGCGGGGAGGGGGGCAUCGACAGCGACGCCACAGAGUCAGCCGAUAGCGACAACGACAUGGACCUGCCCUCUCAGCAGUGGGAGCUGAGACGGUCAUCCUCCUCGUCCAAUCACAGCGCGGAGGAGGGUGGGGCAGAAGCAGCGGAGAGGCGGGGCUUUAUGAAGGCCUAUGUAGAGAAGGUGUUUCAUGGAAAGGAGGACUUCGGCAUGGAGGAGAAGGCUCGAUUUGGGGAGCUGUGUUGUGAAGAGAACUCCAAGGGCAGGGAGUGGUUUGCUAAAUACGUCAAUGCACAGCGCUGCAACUCCAAGUGUGUGAGUGAAGCCACCUUCUACAGACUGGUGCAGUCGUUUGCUGUAGUGCUGUUUGAGUGCUACCAGAUUGAUGACUACAGUCCAGCCAAAAACCUCAUGACCAUGUGCUUUACCUACUACCACAUUGGUAAGGUCCAGCUGUCUCCUACUGAGCUGCUGGACCAUGGACCGCCGGUCGGACUGCACUCCUGCCUGAACAAGGCCAACUCCUGGCUGACAGGCAAGAAGGGCGCCGCAGAACGCCUCCUCAAAACCACCUCCGCCAGGACCGAAGUCAAGGGCUUCUUCGGAGGCCUGGAGAACAAGCUGAGGGGCCCGAGCGCCCGCAGGAAUGAUGAGGGAGAAAGCCCGAUUGAGACAAAGCCCAGAUCUCCAGUGUCGUCUGAUGGCCCUGAGGGAAAAAAAGGAGAGAAGAUUUACCUGUACACACACCUGAAGCAGCAGCCCAUCUGGCACACGCUGCGCUUCUGGAACGCUGCCUUUUUCGACGCCGUCCACUGCGAGAGGAAGAAGAGGUCGCCCACCACCAGGGGGACGGAGGAGGAGGAGGAAGACGAGAGGGAGAAGUGGUGUCACAUGACCGAGGAGGAGAAGGAGGACAGCUCCAGGUUCAACGAGAACAUUGCCUUUGGCCAGCUAGGGACCUUCACACAUAACAUGCUGGCCUUUGGCCUCAGUAAGAAGCUCUGCAAUGACUUCCUGAAGAAGCAGGCCAUCAUCGGCAACCUGAAUGAAGAACAGUACAAGCUACUGAGUGACCACAUAGAGAAGAUGGCUGUGGAAUGAACACUGAAGAACAACAGACCAGGACGCUGUUCCCAUGACGACCACCAUUACCAGACACCAGUUUGCCAUAGCGUCUGAACUCUGACCCAAUUUUCUGGGAACUUUGACCCAACGUUAAACUCUAACCCAACCCACUUUGAACUCUGACCCAAUUCACUCUGACCCAACUGACUCCAACUCAGCAAGCCUACUGGCCAGCCAGUAUAUAACCCCUCACCAGCAAUAACACACUACAUUCACCACUAUUAUAUCUGAUCAUGUGGUCCAGCCGUGUGGCCGUAACCUGCUCUUCUCACCUCAGUCAAGCCACACGAACAAUGUAAACACGCCAAGCUUGUCAGUGUUACGGCCUCUACGUCCAAGUAGGUGUCUCCUGUCUCUUAUGUAGGUGUCCUUUCCCGUGUCCUGGUGCGGCAGCCGCUUAAUGCAUCCUUAGUCUGGUGUGUGUCUGAGACAGAUGUCGGUAACAGACCAUCUGCAUAACAAUAUAACAUGUUUAUCCUCUCUACUGUAGGUGUUGUGCAUGUCUGCCUCCGCUCUCCUAAACUAGAUCAUGUUUAUACUUCCCCCUAGUAACACCUUAGUCAUCACCCCCCCCCCACCCCACUCCACCCCCCAAAGACGACCUGCUCAGAACCUUGUCCUUACAAAGGAUGUGAUCGGAAGUCAUUUGUGUCCAGUGCUUAAUGACCUUUGGAGCCUGAAGCCCCUCCCUCAGUCCGAAGUGCCUUGUCUCUCAAACCCUGACCUGAGGACAUCUCUCCUUGCCCGUCUUUGUUGAAAGCCAUCACCCUAGUACAGUGACGACAGCUCUCAGAAAAACAAUAUAUGGUCAUAAUGACCCGUGUAACCUCUAAAAUGUCCUGUUCUGAAAGGAGACUUGACGAAUCAUUUGGAAGUCUUAGUCCGUCCAGUAAGGUAGAGUAACUUUGCCUGCUUGUGGAUGAUGUGCAAUGUGCAGAUGUUUUUUGCGAGUUCUUCCUGAUGUAGUUGCAAUGUCCAUGUUAGGUGUUGGGUCUAGCUAGACCCCAGAAAUGUCUGUGUACGUGUCUGUGUACGUGUCUGUGUACGUGUCUGUAUGUACAUGUGUGCCAGGCAGCUGCAUGAGGGCCUCUGUGAGCGUGCUCGUAGCUCGUUACCUUCCCCGCGCCGUCUGUGCUUUGUGCAUGCGUGUUCGCCUGUGGCAUGUUGAACAGCAUUGUCCUGAAGCAUGCAUGGACUCUGUAGGUCAGACGCACUACUGUGUUUGGCCUCCAGGUGGCACUGUAGUUUAGAGCUUUUAAAUGGAGGUAAAAAGGAUGUGUUAUGAGUGAAUGGUUAUUUAAUAUUUCCUGAGGGACAAAGAGAUAAACAAACUGAUACAUACAGGAUGUGUUUUCACUGUGGGUGUUUGUUUUGUUCUUUUUUCUGCUGGAUCCAAGUACUCUUGACAUGUUUUCCAAAAGAUUAUAGUACAAGUCUGGACGAAAAGUCCAAAUAACUUGAUUUCUAGUAUUUCUAUUUAUAAUAUAUUUUUUCACUCGAGUUUCAUCGCGUUUGCGACGGUUCUAUUGUGUAAAAUCAUGUGACUGUAUUUUGAUCUCCUGCCUACCAUCUCCAUGGAUACCUAUUCCUUAAUGUGAGCCUUGAAGUGCCCUCUCAUCCUUUUUCCCGAACAAGUCAUUCAUCAAAAGGUUUAACUGGUGUGUGGGAACGUUUAAUAACUUUUCACCCUUUUUCACUGCAUCUCUGCCUCUGUCUGUGUCUGUCAGUUCCUCUUGUGUGUUCUGCUCUGGCUUGAGCUCCUGUCCCUCAAGCUCCUCCUUCAGUCUUCCACCCCCCCCCCCCCUCUCUCUACUCGUUCCCUCACUUUCAUCCCAUUGUCGUCUCCUCACUGCCUCCCCCCCCCUCCCCUCCCUCACUGGACCAGUGAGUAGACCACAUUCCUCCUCUCUGAUCCCUCCCAAGUCUUGUGACUUCAAUAGCUAGGCUCCUUUACACAGCCCCUGUUGUGAAACCACUGCUUGUGUAUUACAACUAUUUGUGUUGUGUUUGCAUGGAUGUAUUAUUAUGAAGGAAUAUGUUGCUGAUAAUAAAUAUAUUUUAACGUGAA